AUGACUGCACCAACCAGUAUUCAGCCCCUCAGUUGGCUGAUGAGCAUACUUCUGCAAGAGGGCGGGCAGCAGUGGGAGCGAGGUACCAGACGCGUCGAUGAUAAGAUACGGUGGCGCAGCAAGGCAGCUACGCCGCCAGCUAGGGUUGUCCUUCGCCACCAGCCCUGGAAACUUCUCAAUCAGGCAGGAAGACGAUGA